UUCUCAGGCCUCGCCCUUCCUGGCUUUUGGCCUGCCUCCCACCACUCAAGCCUUAGUGGUCGGAGGUCCAACCCCUUGGACUCUGGGGCAGACCUGGGAGCCCUGGCCUUGGGGUUUCUGGCGUCGCCGAGCCUCAGCCUGUGAUUCUGGAAGGUAUCGAGAACCUUCCUUGUGAACUUCAGAGGAAUUUCCAGCUGAUGCGAGAGCUGGACCAGAGGACAGAAGAUAAGAAAGCGGAGAUCGACCUCCUGGCCGCAGAGUACAUCUCCACGGUGAAGACCCUGUCCGCGGAGCAGCGGGUGCAGCACCUGCAGAAGAUCCAGAGCGCCUACAGCAAGUGCAAGGAGUACAGCGAUGACAAGGUGCAGCUGGCCAUGCAGACCUACGAGAUGGUGGACAAACAUAUUCGGAGGCUCGACGCGGACCUGGCGCGCUUCGAAGCGGACCUGAAGGACAAGCUGGAGGGCAGCGACUUUGAGGGCUCUGGAGGACGAGGCUUAAAAAAAGGUCGGAGCCAGAAAGAGAAGAGAGGCUCCCGGGGCCGAGGCAGGAGGGCCUCAGAGGAAGACACUCCAAAGAAAAAGAAGCAUAAAGGGGGGUCCGAGUUCACCGACACCAUCCUGUCCGUGCACCCCUCCGACGUGCUCGACAUGCCUGUGGACCCCAACGAGCCCACCUACUGCCUCUGCCACCAGGUGUCCUACGGGGAGAUGAUUGGCUGUGACAAUCCGGAUUGUCCCAUCGAGUGGUUCCACUUCGCCUGUGUGGACCUGACCACGAAGCCCAAAGGAAAAUGGUUCUGCCCACGGUGUGUCCAGGAGAGGAGGAAGAAGAAGUAAGGCAGAGGCCGAUGCCGGGGCCAGAAAGCAAGUUGAUACACUCCGUCAUUUGCGUUGCAAUAUUUUAUCUUCAUCUUAAAACUACCUUGAUUUGAACAAUAUUUAAUGACAAUGGCCAGUUGUAAUUCUGGAUAUUUCCUAAUACCAACAAGAACCCCCUGAGCCCUGUUUGCACAGAGGAGGGAUCUUAUGGGGACUUGCCACGUGACUCUGUUCUCGUGACUUUCUGUACAGACCCCAGCACUGAGCACGGGGGUCCCACCAGGAGCCCGAGUGACUCCGUGGGCGUGCGGUGUGCUGGGUGCCGCGGGGCGUGCCAGCAGGGAGCAGACACUCCCAUCACUGCGCAGCCGGAGCUGUGAGCCUGGCGUGGUCUGCGGUGUCCGAGGCAGCCCUGGGAGCGCGCCCGGCGCACCUCGUCCGUCCACGCUGAGUGCGCAGUGGGCGGCCUGGGGGCGUGGCCGGAAGGCGCCCUUCGGACCGUUGGGGCGGAGCUGGCAGCCGCGUGAGAAGUGGCCCCUCCUCCCUGCAGCCGCUCCGCCGGGCCGUGCACUGCCCCUUCCUCCGGACUGCUGUUCCUCCUGAGGCUUUACUGUCUGGAGUCAACGCGCGGGGCUGGCAGGCGGGCCGGCGGUCACCACGACCAGUGCAGACGAGGGACAGCAUCACGGACUGGCCGGUGUUCCGUGUCUCUGGGAAUUCCGAAUGUUUUUACUGUGAAGACGAAGUCAUUGUAGCCGCAUGAAGACAGUGGGUGUGUGUGUGCAGUGAGUCCAGUCUACUAAGAGCCGACUUUGAACCUGUUUGUGUUGCGCCCUGGGUCGGCAGCUUGUCCCAGGGACUACAAUUAUGUGAUGUGAUUUGUGAAUUUCUUGUGCCACUGUAGCAGUUCUGGAAUGAAGUUAGGAAACUAGUAUGUACUUUGUGUUCAGUCAGCAUUCACCAAACCGAUUUCGGACCACCUCUCUGGUACCGUUUGGGGGCGUGACAUGCCUUUGCUGUGCUGAGAGCCACGUGUGACGGCACCUAGAGUGUGGCUGCUGGGAGCACCCCUGGACUCUGCGGGACCUACCCCACGUGAUCCAGGCCAGUCAGGGCUCCUCCCGCCAGAGAAAGAGCCCAGGAGGUGAAAUCGAGGUGUGAAACGCCUGGCGUCAGAAGGAUCUCACCCUCCUUGUCAGGGGCCCCGGGAGUGGCCCGCCGCCCCCUUCCCGUGGCCCCCUUCCCGUGGCCUCGCUCACUGUGGCCUCUCCGGGCUUCCUGUGUUUCUCCAAGGGGAGGGAACAGGGCAGAGCAGGUGGCGCAACUGCGUUCUAGACCAGCCGCUCC